GCCUGAAAUUGAAAAUAAGGAUGAGCGCCAUGUCUGAUCCUCCGCUUGUGGAGUAAAGUGGACAGCCGAGCGAUCGUUUCCCCGGGGCCUGCGCUCCCCUUCGGGUUUCGGGGGUGACCUCAUGGCUGACAGCGCAGGGAUUCAGCAAGGUUCACCGGCCAUCGGAGCUGCGGGCCUGGUUCCGGCCGCUCCCGGAGCCGGAGGGACGGAAGGCUCCGGCGCGGCUGGAGGAUCCGCACGUAUCACCGCGAAGAAGGAGCAACUCCGCUCGGCACCGCGGCCGAAGAAGCUGGAGAAACUCGGAGUGUAUUCAUCUUGCAAAGCUGAAGGACCUUGUAAGUGUAAUGGCUGGAAAAGUCAGAACCCCCCACCUACACCACCCCAGACAGACCAGCAGUCCAACACAGUCAACCUGCAGGAGCCCUGUCGGAGCUGCUCACACACUUUGGGCGAUCAUGUGACUCACCUUGAAAAUGUGUCAGAAGAGGAAAUGAACAGACUAUUAGGAAUCGUCUUGGAUGUGGAGUAUUUGUACACAUGCGUUCACAAAGAAGAGGACGCUGACACCAAACAAGUCUACUUUUCUCUUUUUAAACUGUUGAGAAAAUCUAUCCUUCAAAUGGGGAAACCAAUGUUAGAAGCACAGGAGAGUCCUCCGUUUGAAAAACCCAGCAUUGAGCAGGGAGUGAACAAUUUCGUCCAAUAUAAGUUCAGCCAUCUCCCAUCAAAGGAACGUCAAACCAUCAUGGAGCUGGCUAAGAUGUUUCUGAACCAGAUCAACUACUGGCAGCUAGAAACGCCCUCUCAAAGACGCCAACGGGUGCCCAAUGAUGACGCAGCGGGGUACAAAGCCAACUACACACGAUGGCUCUGCUAUUGCAAUGUGCCUCAGUUCUGUGACAGCCUGCCCCGCUACGAGACCACGCAGAUCUUCGGCCGGACGCUGCUGCGCUCUGUGUUCACUGUGAUGAGGAAGCAGCUGCUGGAGCAGGCCCGGCAGGAGAAGGACAAGCUCCCCCCUGAGAAACGCACACUCAUCCUCACACACUUUCCAAAGUUCUUAUCUAUGCUGGAGGAGGAGGUGUACAGUCACAGCUCCCCUAUCUGGAACCAAGACUUCCUGGCAGGAGCUGCAGGAGGGCAAAUACCCAUCCACACAGUGAUUAGUGCUCCUCCAGUGUCCAGGCCAAUCUACUACAGCACCAGUCCUGUGUCUGUGGACCCGUCCACAUGUGGCAGUGUCAGUCCUGCCAGGAAACCUGCCUCAGCCCUGGAGUCAAACUCAGUUGGAGAAAAGCGUAAGGCAUCAGAACCUCUUCACCACGAAGAGAACAAGAGACCCAGGGUGCUGGGAGACAUCCCCAUGGACCUCAUCAAUGAAGUCAUGGCAACCAUCACUGACCCUGCUGCCAUUCCAGAGACCAGUCUGCUGUCGGCUCAUUCUGCACGCGAUGAAGCGGCCCGCCUCGAGGAGCGAAGAGGAGUGAUUGAAUUCCACGUCAUAGGGAACUCCCUCAACCAGAAGCCCAAUAAGAGGAUCUUGAUGUGGCUCGUUGGCCUCCAGAACGUGUUCUCCCACCAGCUUCCCAGCAUGCCCAAGGAGUACAUCACCCGGCUGGUCUUUGACCCGAAACACAAGACUCUGUCAUUGAUCAAGGAUGGGAGAGUUAUCGGAGGAAUCUGCUUCAGGAUGUUCCCAUCCCAGGGUUUUACAGAAAUUGUCUUUUGUGCCGUCACGUCCAACGAACAGGUCAAGGGUUAUGGAACCCAUCUGAUGAACCACCUGAAGGAAUACCACAUAAAGCAUGAAAUACUGAACUUCCUUACUUAUGCUGACGAAUAUGCGAUUGGUUACUUCAAGAAACAGGGUUUUUCAAAGGACAUCAAAGUUCCCAAAGCAAAGUAUGUGGGCUACAUCAAAGACUAUGAAGGAGCCACGCUCAUGGGCUGUGAGCUCAACCCCAGCAUCCCUUACACAGAGUUCUCUGUUAUCAUCAAGAAGCAGAAGGAGAUCAUCAAGAAGCUCAUAGAAAGGAAGCAAGCUCAGAUCCGAAAAGUCUACCCAGGCCUGUCCUGUUUUAAGGACGGAGUCCGGCAAAUUCCCAUUGAGAGCAUUCCUGGCAUACGUGAGACUGGCUGGAAGCCCCCAGGCAAAGGGAAGGAACUGAAGGAUCCAGACCAACUGUACAGCACUCUGAAAACUAUUCUCCAGCACGUCAAGAGUCACCAGAAUGCCUGGCCUUUCAUGGAGCCUGUGAAGAAAACAGAGGCUCCUGGUUACUACCAAGUCAUUCGCUUCCCCAUGGAUCUGAAGACGAUGAGCGAGCGUCUGAAAAACAGGUACUACACCACACGUAAGCUGUUCAUGGCCGACAUGCAGCGCAUCUUCACCAACUGCCGCGAAUACAACCCUCCGGAAAGCGAGUACUACAAGUGUGCCAACAUACUGGAGAAGUUCUUCUACACCAAGCUCAAAGAAGCGGGGCUCAUCGAGAAGUAGAUGAGGUUUUUCUCCUCCGAAGCUGAGAGAUGAGAUCAGGGGUGAAGGAAACAAGAAAAAGCCUACCGAUUGUGGACUGGGAAGGUCUCGCAAGCAAGGUGAAAAUGCUUUCUUGUUUCGGCGCAGAUCCUGAAUCAGAACUUCAGAUAUUUAUUUAAAAGGCGACCAAGACGAAGGUCCUCAGUGAAGAACCGUGAGAUUGUUUGAUUGUAAACACGAGAAAUAUGGUCUUUGUGUUUCAACACCAGGAAAGAAAGAUCAUUACAAGAUGUCAGAUGAAUACGCGU